AUGGAUAUAUGUAGCCGCGUACUGAGGAAGAGAAAUCAGGCCUCUCGCACUGCUCCAGCCGAUACAGUUCCUGUCAGAGUCAAUGAUCUGCAGCUGCAGAUCGUACCGCUGCCACGCCGCACUAGUCGUGCUCAGCUCACGACAUCUAAUAAAAGGAGGAACUUCACUACCGGCUAA